UAUCUCCGUCACGGAGGAGGACAACAACAAGACCAUGUGGCUCUUCAAUGCACAGCCUGAUUUCAAAGCGGGAAACAAGGUGUCGAAGAAAAGCCCGCAGUGUCUGCUGGAGCACAGCGACAACAUUUCUAUUCACAUCAGCCAUAUUGAAAUGUUUGCAGUGGCUCGACAAUUCAAACAAUCCCAAUGCUCAGACUGCUGCACUGCUGUCAGGUUAAUAGAGCAAAUCUCGAUGAGCAAAGUACCGGCCCCAUUCAGACGGGCUGGGGAGGAGCAGUGGGAGGGGUUUAUGUCUGCAGCCACGGGUUCAGGAAAGCAGACAGAGGCUGAGCGCACCGAGAGAUUCACUUUUCACCAAGCAACUGUUUUCACUCACUUUGUGUCCGCGCUGUCGAGUCGCUGUCUUCUGCACCGUGAUUAGACAGUGGAGCCAGUGGCGCACUAGAGCCGGUGCUCUGAAUCCGACACUAAAACUGUCUCUCUAACAGAGGUUCGAGUUUCAUUAUUUAAUUAGAGGGAGACAAUAUGCUUGUAAUAAAAAAACACUAUCGUUCACAUAAACUGUGAAAUAGAAAAUAGUGAAUUUCAGAUUUUUUUUUUUUUUUUUUUCCCAUUUUAGAAAAACAUUUUCAGAUUGAAGAUGUUUCGGGGUACACCGAAAAUCCAAAACCCGAGUAUCCAUAACCCGAGUACCCAUAACCCGAGAAUCCAUAACCCGAGUAUCCGUAACCCGAGGAUCCAUAACCCGAGAAUCCAUAACCCGACGCUUCUCCUAUUAAAAGUGAAUAUCCGUAACCCGAGAAUCCAUAACCCGAGAAUCCAUAACCCGACGCUUCUCCUAUUAAAAGUGAAGUCAUCAGUCAUUGUGAAGCCAGAAGGAACUCUGAUCUCUAACUAUGGGUGCAGUCAGCACAAGAAUAACUUGGACGCUGCAGCAGACACUGUUGAAUGUCCGGGAUGCCAUCUCUCGGGUUCACAUUCAGGCCGGUUACGCGGAGCCAAAAACAUUUUCAGAUUGAAGAUGUUUCGGGGUACACCGAAAAUCCAAAACCCGAGUAUCCAUAACCCGAGUACCCAUAACCCGAGUAUCCGUAACCCGAGGAUCCAUAACCCGAGAAUCCAUAACCCGACUAUCCGUAACCCGAGAAUCCAUAACCCGAGAAUCCAUAACCCGACGCUUCUCCUACCGAAAAUCCAAAACCCGAGUAUCCAUAACCCGAGUACCCAUAACCCGAGUAUCCGUAACCCGAGGAUCCAUAACCCGAGAAUCCAUAACCCGACGCUUCUCCUAUUAAAAGUGAAGUGAUCAGUCAUUGUGAAGCCAGAAGGAACUCUGAUCUCUAACUAUGGGUGCAGUCAGCACAAGAAUAACUUGGACGCUGCAGCAGACACUGUUGAAUGUCCGGGAUGCCAUCUCUCGGGUUCACAUUCAGGCCGUUUACGCGGAGCCUGAUGGGCUGGUUGUCACCAUCACCUUUAACAGGCAGACACAGCUCAUAAGGAACAUCAACGAGGGAGAUGAAACUUUGCGGAGUCAGAUGACGAAAUGCUGAGGAGGAGGAACCCGAGGGACGGGAUCUCUCCGCAACAGGCACCGCAACAACAAGAAGGAAAUGCUUCAGACCUGUCGAUGGCGCUGAGAGAGAAGGAAAACUCGCAUACUUCGUCUGUCCCUCUGUCAAAUAGAGAUCCUCUCAGAAAUCAACAUUCAACGUUCAGCGUUUCACUGGAAGCGGUGCUGUGGAUUCACUUGUCACCAAGCUGCUGUUUUCACUCACUUUGUGUCCGCGCUGUCCCUGUCUGAAGACACGGAGGUGGAUUGAACACACUACUGCGCACCUUGUCCGUGUUUUUGGGACUGUUUGCUGGAGUCGACGGAAGAUCAGACGCUCUGAAAAAAUCGGAAAAAACAGAACAUUUCUCCCUCCAUUCGAGGUUGGGUUGAGGAUUUAACUUGAGUAUUGUAGAGAGAUCACAGAUAUUUUAUAACAUUUUUUUUGUUUUUUUGAGUUUUCGGAAGAUUUCCAUUUUCCAUGUUUGGAAUACUGAUAUAGCGACAUUCAACAUUUUAGAUGUUUGUCUUCAUAUGUACCCACUGUGCUAUUGUGUCUCCCCAUUCUCAUUAAAGUCCACAUCUUAACUCUGCUGUUUUCAUAUUAUAUUAGCCUGUUGUUUAAAAUGUUCUUUCAUGACAAAUGCGAAUAAAAGCAUUCAUAUCUAA